AAACAAAAGAAGGUUUAUUUAAGAAAGAAUAGAGACUCCAGUAGAAACAAGCAACAGUGAUGGAAACAAAUGGUUACAAUACAAAAAAAGGUCAAAGUGUGAAUUAGGGCCUACACUUAUUAACAGUUACCUUUCCGAUCUAAUAAAGUAGGAUUUCCCCCAAACUUCAGUCUGUUGCAGAGAUGGCUGGCUUCACAGGAACCAGGAUCUAAUCUUUCAUGAAAAACACUCCCACUCAACAAUAUAUCACCUCAGUGAAUGGAUACAGAGUGCUUCUUUCCACUCUCAGGAGGGUGCUCUAACAACUGAGCUCUGGGAUAAUCUGAUGUAGGGCUCUCUCAGUAGAUCCAGUUGAAGCUGUUCCACUGUAUAUAAAUCCUUAAAUGGUCAAUGGACCACAGAGAGAAAGAGUGGGAAUAACUCAGUGGCCCCAGGUAUUAGGAGACCAUGUGUUGAGUCACCCCUGUGCCAAUCACUCUUUAUUUCUCUCUUCACCAGGAGAGACGGAGGGAGCCCUAUCAGCCUAUCCCGCAGCUCAAUGGUUAGAGCAGCCUCCUGAGAGGUAGGACACCCCUGUUCAAAUCCUUUCUCCUCUGCCAGGGUUGCGGGAAUUGAACCCUAGGUUCCCAGAUUAAUGUUUAGCCACUGGGAUAAAAGUUAUAAGGGGGGGUACCACCUCCAUCUUUGUGUGGGUCAAGACAGGCCCAUAACUCUUUCCCAAGAAACUAUAUAGGCACCUAAGCACGGAGACAGGUCCCAGAUGUGGAUCACUAGCAGAGCUAGGCAUCUCCCUGCAGCCACGAUUUAGGCGCCUAUUUCUGAAAAAGGGGCAGGGCUUAACACAUCAGCAUCUCCCAUUAGUCAGUUUAGGCAUGCUCUCUUUUGUAGAUCACAUUUUAAGGCACCUCUCUCUCCCCAUUCUAUAGAGAGUCUAGGUGUCUAACUCUGCUUUGUGGAUCACAGGGCUGUUCUUGUGAUUUUGUAGGUGCCUACAAAUUAGGAGAGUGUUGCAAUGCCUAAAUCCCUUUGUGGAGUCCACCCUUUUGUAAAUCCCAUUGUUAAUGGAAUUUUUAGAAGUGCCUGGAUGGGUGGGUGCCAAAUGCCAAUGGAGUUUUAUAUACCUACAUACCUUGAAAAAUCUGACUCUAAAUCCCCCAGUGCCUAACUCCCCAGUUUUCUAAUCGCCUCUAGGCACUAUGAGAAUACAAAUUAGAACAAAUACAAUAAACAAAUCAGAAAAGAGGAAAAAAGUGAUGCCCCAGCCAAGCAGCCUACAAUUAGCCAGAUGGUGCAAACUGUAGCACAGACAGAGCCAAAAUCUAACCCUCUGACAUUUUCUUUAAACAGAGCUUGUGUCAUCUUGACAUUCAGAUGAGCUGCUUUGUGACCUCAGUGAUUUAUCGGUGAAAUUCCUUAAAGCUUCGACUACCCACAGGCAGUAGUAGAGCUGAAGGCAGAGGGAAUACAUUUAUCAAGUCAAACCCCAGGAAAAAAAAAAAAAAAAAAAAAGCCAGAGACUAGUUUCUGGCUGGGAAGUUAUCCAACGUGUGAGGACAGCUUUAGGGAGGCAGGCCGUGAUCCUGUCGCCUGCCAAUACAUCACUCGAUUUCAGGCCAUUUCCCCUUCUUGGGGAGGAACCAAACUUCCAGGCGGAUCUGCCCAAAGCUGGAGAGUUGUGCCAGCAAAUACCUUCUCCCUGACCUUAUCAGCUGACUCAGGCUGUGAAUGAUUCAAAAGCCAAACUCACAGACCCCUCUGCCCCCCUCCAACUUCGCAGCUCCACCCAGACCGACGCCUGGCUCCGAGCACGCAGAGGGGCUGCCACGGGCCGCUGGUGCGGCGGCUGCACAGCGCUGAACCGGGGAGGUCGGCAGUCCCGCCCCCUCCCCGAGUCGGGCCUUUUGCGAGCCCCGGCCUGGGGCCGCUCAGCCGGCAAGCUAGCGGGUGUGAGACUCUGAUUGGCUCGCAGACCAGGGAGCCGCUACACCGGGAUUGGCUGGGGGGCCGCCUUUGUUGCCUGUCCACGCCUUCCACGGCGGCCCCGGCCGCGGGGCAGCGGAAGUUUGAGUGCAAGAGCGACGCUGGCUGGGUGCACGCCGGCGGGAGGCCAGCGCAGCCCGCACCGCACCGCACCGCACCGCAUCCGCGGGCCUCUGGGGAGCGUCUCCCUGCGCGGACCCAGCCUUGCUCCUAGCGGAGAGAGACAAUGGACUUGGAGAGCAAAGUGAAAAAGAUGGGCUUAGGUCAUGAACAAGGAUUUGGUGCCCCAUGCUUAAAAUGCAAGGAUAAAUGUGAAGGAUUUGAACUACACUUCUGGAGAAAAAUAUGUCGAAACUGCAAAUGCGGCCAGGAAGAACAUGAUGUCCUCACAAGCAACGAGGAAGAUCGGAAAGUGGGGAAGCUCUUUGAAGACACAAAAUACACAACCCUUAUUGCAAAGCUGAAAACUGAUGGAAUUCCCAUGUAUAAACGCAACGUAAUGAUACUGACUAAUCCAGUGUCUGUCAAGAAGAAUAUAUCCAUCAAUACUGUGACAUAUGAAUGGGCUCCUCCUGUUCAGAAUCAGACACUGGCUAGACAGUAUAUGCAGAUGCUUCCAAAGGAGAAACAGCCUGUGGCUGGCUCAGAAGGUGCUCAGUACAGGAAGAAACAGUUGGCUAAGCAGCUGCCUGCUCAUGAUCAGGAUCCUUCGAAAUGCCAUGAGUUAUCUCCUAAUGAGGUGAAGCAGAUGGAACAGUUUGUGAAGAAAUACAAGAAUGAGGCACUUGGUGUGGGAGAUGUCAAAUUCCCUAGUGAGGUGGAAGCUAAAGCUACUGACAAGAAUAAUGCUAAUGGUGAUAGAAGCACCUCAGCACCUGUAGGAGCAAUGGAGGACAAGUCAUCAGGUCAAAAAGGAUCCCAGUAUUCCUGCUACCGCUGCAAAUUAAACAUGAAAGAAGGUGAUCCAGCUGUUUAUGCCGAGCGUGCUGGAUAUGACAAACUGUGGCACCCCGCUUGCUUUGUCUGCUGCACCUGUAAUGAACUUCUGGUGGACAUGAUCUACUUCUGGAAGAAUGGAAACGUAUAUUGUGGAAGACACUACUGUGACAGUGAGAAACCCCGAUGUGCUGGAUGUGAUGAGCUGAUAUUCAGCAAUGAAUAUACCCAGGCAGAGGGUCAAAACUGGCACCUGAAACACUUUUGCUGCUUUGAUUGUGACUGUGUCUUAGCUGGGGAAAUCUAUGUCAUGGUAAAUGACAAGCCUGUCUGUAAACCAUGCUACGUGAAGAACCAUGCUGUGGUCUGCCAAGGCUGCCAUAAUGCUAUUGAUCCAGAAGUUCAGCGUGUAACAUACAACAACUUCAACUGGCAUGCCACAACAGAAUGCUUCCUGUGUUCCUGUUGUAGCAAGAGUCUAAUUGGCCAGAAAUUCAUGCCAAUAGAAGGAAUGGUCUUCUGCUCAGUAGAAUGUAAGAAAAAAAUGAUGUCUUAAGAGUGGUAUGUGUACAUGAAACUAAGUAUCACCAUGUUUCAAAGUCAUUGCAUUUCUACUGUAAAAUGCAAUAUCUGGGCAUUUAAAAAUUGGCGUAGUUCCCAAAGACUGAAUGAAUAACCAAGAAACUUGCUCUGUAACUUGCUUUAACUAUAAGUAAUACUUUGUGAAAGUUUCAUAUUUCUCUAUUCUUUAUGGUAUUGCUUUUGAGCACUUAAUGCUAACUUUUUCAUAUCCCAGAUAUGUAGAAAAAUGUAAUGUGAGCUACAUACCUUAACAGCUGGCUUUGCCAAGAAGACUUUCCUCCUCUUGUAAAAUGCAGGAUAGAAAACAAGCUUAGAACUAACAGAUCAUAUUUCCUGGGUGUGGCUCUGUCUCUUUGUGAAUGAUACAUACAGGUUUCUCACUUCAGUUAGGGCAGUAAAUUAACAGUUUUAAAAGCAUUCCUGCUUUCAUCAAGCACUUUGCUAAAGCCACACAUUUUGUCUAAAAUAAAAAUGCACCCAGAUUUAUAGAACUCAAUAAACGUGGAAUGCAAUCUGUCACUUAAUCUUCUUAAUUUACUCUCCCUGAAAACAACUUUAACUUUUUAGUAGGUGUACAUGAAAAUUAAAGAAAACUGUUAAGCUGGAAUAUUUUGAGUGAGGCUUCAUUCUGCUAGUUCAAAAAGAUUGGGCCAGUCUGAUUUUGGGCAUAUCCUUUCUCCUCCUCCAAUAAAGAAUUUUAAACUGGCUUUUCCGGUAUUUAUGAAUGCCCUUUUCCUAACUUGUGCAGUUUAUCAAGGGGCAUGGCACAGAAUGACACAUCUAUUUUAUUCUGAGAAUCUGGCAUUCUUCGAAAGGUGAAGGACUUUUACAUUUUAAGUGAUCUGAAUUUUUAUCCAGAAGUUAGUGGGAUAUGUAAAUUCUUAGCAGAAGCAGAAACAAAAUGGAUAACUUUCUCACAAGACCCUUUCAGUAUUUGUAUUUGAAAAAAAACAUUACAGUUCCAUACUAACUUUCCUUACUCUAGAACUCAAAAUGGAUUAAAUAUUGUGAUUAUUCUGGGGAGAGAUCUGAUUGGGGUUGGGGGGGGAACUGAAAUUUAAAUUUGUUUACUUUAAGAAUAACAGUUCUAUGCUGAAAUGUCUUAAUCUGUGUAAUACAGGUGCCAAACAUGAAUAUGAGAGAUGUUGGCUUUGUAAAGAACUAUGCAAAUUUCAAAUUCAGCUCUUUAAGAAUUACACAUCUAUGUAUGUACUUUUAUGGCUCACAAAUAAAAAAAAGCUUUGCUCAA